UUCUAACACCUUUUAAAGCCUGGCUGGAUCGAAACGGAAUGUGUUUGUGCGCCCCUGUUUUACCAGAGUAAAGCGCACGCUCUCGUCGCUCUCUGUCUCGCUUGCUCUCUCUCGCUCGCAUACUCAGUUGGCGUUGUUUGCACAAACCACCAGCAGUAGGCCUGCCUGUGAGGCCCUGUUCGCCGAAAGAAGCGAAGCCGUUGCUGUGCUGCUGAAUGGAACGAAAAUAAAAUGGCGGCCCCAAGGCGGCAUCCACAACACCAGUGCAUACAUUUGUGAAUGGAUCGUGUUUUAUCGGAUGGUGAAGCGAAAAUCGACAAAAAUCGUGUGCGUGUCCCCCCGCCCCACCUCCCGCCCAGAAGAUUUCUUAAUCGCUCGAGUGUGUCCCAGGACAGUCGGUGACUGGUCGGGGUGGUUAAACCGUCGAACGGAAGUUGUAUGAUUGCCGUACAAUCAUCGCACACCGUUUGCUAAAUGCCAAACCCGUUGGCAGUAACGUUUCCGUCGGCGGAAGUGUAGCGCAAACAACAAAAACAAAAAAAAACGUAACAUUUUUACAAUGGAAUAAGUGUGUUAGCAGCAGCAACAGCGAGGGAAGGCAAACGAUUGUAAAGUUCUGUAAGAAAGUGAAAUAUUUAGCACACAACCAACCAACCCCCCUCUUCGCGUAUCUAGUGCCCGGUUUUUUUUUUGUACCGAUACGGGGUCGUUGGCGCCAACAGCAGCGAUAGCCGCCAGAAAGUGUGUGUGUGUGUGUGUUCGUCGUGUGGUGUUGUGGAAGGUUUUUGUGAGCCAAUUUGUGCAGUGCCAGUGUGUACCGUGUGUGAGGCAGAUUGCAGUGCCAGGGAGUGUGUGCCGCACACAAACAUACACCACGCAGGCGGUUUGAUAAGGGGCAACAGGCGCCUCUUGUUGUCAUCCACUCCUUACCCCCCCACAGCACUCCCGGCCGGGGGUUGCCGUUAUUGGUACAAGUUAAGAAGGAACAACUAGAAAGAAACAACUCGCGCCAAAAUGUGUGCAGCGCAGACGAACGCACCGGCCAGCUUUAACUACACCUGGGGCUUUACGGAGAACCCGCGCCCGGACUCGGUGGUGGAGAUCAGCCCAAACAUCAACUACACCGUGGGCGAUGGAACAACGACGAUGCCAUACUUGCAGCUUCCGGACGGGGCUAGCAUUUUACUGAAGGACGGGAAAGGUUCCAUCUCGCACGCCGGCGGCAAAAGCGUCCGGCGGAUGAUCGUCGUGAACGAUGCGUCCGCCCUGCCGCAGGGAACGCAGCGGAUAAUUACCACCGGCGGUACCGCGACGGCCGUUGCCACUGGCCAUCAGAAGAAGCACGAAGUUAUAACGAACGGGCUGAUCGAUACGAAGACGAAGGCCAUCCUCACGACGAGCGGUGCGAGCGCGUUCAUGUCCCCGAUCGGGCCGAUCCAGCUGACGGCGGAAGAAUGCAACGACAUACUGAUGAAGCGGGCGGCCGCGGCCGUCGCUGCGAACAAUCAGCACGCGCCCAUCAACAACAACGAUGGCCAGCAUACCUCGAUUUCGGUACAGGUGCAGAAGGUGAUUCAAGGGCUGGAGGAGGGAGAUGACUCACAGGCCACCACGUCCAACCAUCAGAUGAAGAUCGAGCCCACGCUGAGCAUCUCUCCGAAGCUGGAAGCGGUCGAAAUGGAUUACAAUGAGUACGUGCAGCAGGAGGCCACCACACCGACCCCGAACGUCGUGCCGAAGGAGCGCCCGUACUCGUGCGACCAGUGCGGCAAGUCCUUCCUGCUCAAGCACCAUCUGACCACCCACGCCCGGGUCCAUACAGGAGAGCGGCCCCACGUGUGCGUGCACUGCGGCAAAGACUUUGCCCACAAGCACUGUCUCAACACGCACCUGCUGCUGCACUCGACCGAGCGGCCGUACCAGUGCCAGGAGUGCAAGAAGAGCUUCACGCUGAAGCACCAUCUGCUGACCCAUUCGCGGGUGCACUCGCGCGAGCGGCCGUUCGUGUGCGACCAGUGCGGCCGAUCGUUCCCGCUGAAGCGCCACCUGGUAACGCACAGCAAGUUCCAUGCCGGCGAGCGGCCGUACGUGUGCGCGGACUGUGGGGAAAGUUUCGCGCAGGACGAGCAUCUGGUGAUGCACUCCCGGUUCCACGGCUCGGUCAAUCCGUUCCACUGCCGGGACUGUGGUGCGACCUUCCCGCGCAAGUUCCAGCUGGUGAACCAUGGCAAGAUCCACGGCCGCGUGCCGCACUCGUGCACGCUGUGCGGCAAAGAGUUCCUGCAGAAGCGCACCCUAGCGGCACAUAUGAGAAUCCACACCGGCGACCAGCCAUUCCCGUGCAUUGCGUGCGGCGAGGGUUUCCGCACCAAGUCGGAGCUGAACGCGCACAACCGCCACACGCACAGCGGUGUCAAUCCGAACGCGUCCAACACCACCAUCAUCACGACCAACACCGUCGUGACGUCGAACGCGCAGCAGCAGGCGCAGCAGCAGGCCCAGCAGCAGGCCCAGGCCCAGAGCCAGCAGCAGCACCAGCAGCAGCACAUCGAGGUGAAGCAGAUCCAGCACUACCAGGGCCAGCAGCAGGUGCAGGACGUGUCGAACGGUAACAUCAUCACGACGAUCGCCGCCACCGGCCAGGGCUCGCCCGAAAACUCGGGCAAGCCGCAGUUCGCGUGCCGCGAGUGUGGCAGCGCGUUCAACAGCCGGGAAGCGCUGGCACUCCAUCUGCGCCUGCACACCGGCGACAAGAGCCUUAUGACGGACCUGUGUGCGCUGACCGCGGCCCUGCCCGGCCACCUGUUUCCGGCCGUCAAUCAAGUACAAAUAAUUACCUCCUCGGGGCAGGUGGUGCAGCAGAUUCAACCGCAAAGCCCUCCCCAGCAGCAGCAGCAGCAGCACCAGCAACAGCUGCAACAGGCGCAGGUUGUGCAGCAGCACCAAACCGUCGUACAGCAGCAGCAGCAAAACCAGCAGCAGCAGAUCCAGCACCAGCAGCAGCAGCAACAGCAGCAGCACCAGCAUCAGCAGCAGCAGCAGACGAAACCGAAAUCCCACUACUGCACCCACUGCGGCAAGGGUUUUGCGGCCAAGCACGGACUGUUGCUGCACAACCGCCGCCACCCGAACGGUGGAUGCACGGUGCGGACGCACGUGUGCGAGUGCGGUAAGGCGUUCUUCCAGAAGAACCAUCUGAUGCUGCACCAGCGCCAGCAUCUGGAGCAGAAUCAGCGCAGUGGUGGUGGCGGGGCGGCUGGUGGUGCCGGUGGGCAGCAGCAAGCGUCCGCCGGACAGCAGCAGCUCGUUGUGAUUCAACAACCCAACCAAGAUUCGUUGGUGCAACAGCAGCAGCAGCAGCAACAGGCUGCAGCAGCCGCUGCCCAGCAACAGCAGGCACAGCAGGCUGCGGCUGCCGCUGCCCAGCAGCAGCACCAGCUGCAGCAACAACAAGCGCAACAGCAGGCCGUUGCAGUCCAGCAGCAGCAACAGCAGCAACAGCAGCAACAGCAACAGCAGCAACAACAGCAGCAGCAGGGCCAGAACAAUCAGCAUGCCAUGCGCAAUCUGGUCAUUGCGAAUCAGCCCGUGCAGGUGCAGGUCCUGGAGGGUAACACGACCCAGGUGAUCAAGUACGAGAUCAUUCACGACACGUCGCGCCAGUCGAACGUCGAGUGAGAAGAGGCGAUGCUCCGUAUAACCAAACCGGACGGUACGGAGGAAAUGAAGAAGCAACACCAUCAUGCGUCCCAGCAGCAACACCAUCAGCAACAACAACAACAACAGCAACAUCACUACCAAUCGCAGCACCAUCAGCAGCG